CAUUUCUUGGUAGCGUCUCUAGUCUGAAGAAGAAAUUGAGAGAACCUGUUUGAACUUUAAACUUUCUAGGGCUCGUACUACUUACGACCUCUUGGCUCGACCUUCCUCAUCUUCCUUCGGUGCCUUUUUUCCCGCGAAGCCUCGAGGAUUCGAUAAACAACCAGAUUAUAUACUUGAAGGGAGUGGGAAACGACGCUUGGGUCUGCUGUUGCUGAUUGUUUUUGUUUUCUCUGAGUUGGGUUUCGAAGAGGACUGGACUCAACUAAUUAAGCUGCGACGUUAUGGAGAUUCAGACUUCGGGGAAACCAAUCGAUUCUUUGCUAGAGAAGGUCUUGUGUGUGAAUAUUCUUUCUUCAGAUUAUUUUAAAGAACUUUACAGAUUGAAGACUUACCAUGAAGUCAUAGAUGAGAUCUACAAUCAAGUUGACCACGUCGAGCCAUGGAUGACUGGGAACUGUAGAGGCCCGUCAACUGCAUUUUGUCUUCUAUACAAGUUUUUCACAAUGAAGCUUACCGUAAAGCAAAUGCAUGGCCUAUUGAAGCACCCUGAUUCUCCUUAUAUUAGAGCUAUUGGAUUCCUCUACUUGAGAUAUGCUGCAGAUCCAAAAACUUUAUGGGGAUGGUUUGAACCUUACGUCAAAGAUGAAGAGGAGUUCUCUCCAGGAUCAAAUGGUCGAGUAACAACGAUGGGUGCCUAUGUGCGGGAUUUGCUUCUUGGACAGUACUACUUCGAUACACUUUUCCCUCGCAUCCCUGUGCCUAUUAUGCGGCAGAUGGUUACCAACCUUGAGAAGAUGAAGCUUCCUACCAAGCACUCCGGAGUCACUGGGGAAUCUAACCGUCAUGGAUCUGAUGAUACGGCCCGUCGUCCACCCUCUGUAAAAGCUGCCCUUUCGGUCUCCUUUGGUCAGCGUGCCCCUCAUCGUGCAUCCACAAGGGACUCUUCACCUGUUCGGCGGACUAUACCACUUUCUCAUGACAGAAACAGUGCGGAUGACAUGCGAAAGUCUCCCAGCAGCCGCCGCAGCCACAGCCGUGAUUUGUCUGAUCGAGACCAUACUGACCGGGACAGAGACCGGGAAAGUGACAGGGACAGGGACAGGGACAGGGACAGGGACAGGGACAGGGAAAGGGACAGAGAGAGGGAGAGGGAUAGGGACAGAGGGAGGGACAGGGAAAGGGACAGAGAGAGAGACAGGGAUAGGGACAGAGGGAAGGACAGGGACAGAAGGCAUGAAUAUGAUCGACGUGGAAGUCAUGAGAGUAGAGAUUAUCGCAGGUCCAGAUAUGCUGACAGAGAAGGAGAAAGUAGCAGACGAGACUAUGAAAGAAGCAGCUACGAUGGAAGUAGGCACAGAGAAUCUAGUUCUCGUAGGAGUAGAAGCAGAAGCAAGAGUAGAAGUAGAAGCAGGAGUAGAAGCCACAGUUUGCAAGAUCGCGUCGAUCGUUCAAGCCCAUUCAAAGAUGCAAACAAGGAGAAGACAUCUGCUUCUAGCAAUCUGGCCAAGUUGAGAGAUCUUUAUGGUGACACAGGCAAUCAGAAAGCAUAUAAUGGACCUGAAAGGGGCGCUAAGGAUAGCAGUACAGAGGAAGUAAUUAGACUAGGUGGUUCUACUUGGAAGUAGCAGCCUGGGUGGGGGAUGCUCUUUUCUUAUAUUUGGAUUAGGGGAGAGAGAGAGAGAGAGAGAGACUACAGAGCUCUCUAUCUCAUGGAUACUACUCUAAGGAUCAUUGUGAUGAGGUGCAAAAUGAUGACUCUAGUUGUUGACGCUGCAUCAAUUGUACUUUUGAAGUUGCAUAAAAUUUGCGUCAUAAUUUUCAUAGGCGAGGAUGGCUCUCUCUUGAUUUGCAGAGAGCAGGGUUUCCAAUUUACUGGAUGCACAUUUAUGCAGAGAACAGGGUUUAAACUUGUGGGGAUUCGAUUCUCAGAAGAAGUGUASUGAUUCCAUAUUCCUAUUUGAGGAUGCUUCUGCGUCCUUGGUCUCAUUUAUAUAUAUUUAUUGGCUUAAUUACCAGCAAGCGGUUAGGGCCUUGGGGGCUAGCCAUGCAUGCAUCCUCCUUUUUUGGUGAGUAGUUGUCGACAGUAUACUUGGUAUUAUCAUGGUUUCAACCUGAAUCAGUCCUCUACAUUUGGAAAUUCUAGUCUGCGUCGUCAUUUGUCACGCAGUUCAAACUUUUGAUAUAGCUCCGCUUUGUGAUUUCAAACGUUUCCAAAAUGUUAAAAAAGAUUAACGUCUGUGAUC